AUGGACGCAACUACUCAAGCACAGCCACUGGCCGACCGCCCAACAAACACCCACCUCUCCAACGCGACCGUGGAGACAGAUCUCAAGUCUGUCGAUCUCUCAUCCAUGGAUCACCACCGACAGAUCCUGCAGGGCAAAUUGGAGAGUGGUGACAAGCAACCCACUGCCUAUGUCUCUCCAUCGGACGAGCUCAUGAGCCCCUGCACAAAGAAGCUCAGCGAUAUCAAGGGCAAGCGGUUCAAGAACGCCGGCAAGCCUCAGUCCCUGUUCGCCAAGCUUGGCAAGAAGAACUACGAGCAAUCGACAGCUGAACAGAACCGAACUGAAUAG